GACCUUCUUUCGUUUCGCUUUUGGUCGCGUGCGUGUCUUCUACUCUCGCUCUCUCUUCGCGUCCCCUUUUCCAUCCAGCUAAGUAUUCUCAGUUUUCUUCUUCCUUCCUUCCUUGCUUGCUUGUCUCCGUUUUUUUAUUAAAAAAUUCUUCGUUUAGAUCUGGUUUAGAUCUAGGGUUUCUUUUGGUUCUUUGUUACUGCUCGGCUGUUUAUGUGCAUGUCCGAUCUGCAGUUCGUAAAACCGUUUCAAUGAUUUUAGAUUUUCUAUGAACUCUAUCCUCAUGCGUCGAAUCCGUAUUCUUCACUCGUUCUCGGUCGUCUUCCUUUACUGGUUCUACGUUUUCUCAUGAAUUAGCACCUCUUUGUUCAUCAAUCUUCUUAUUUUGAUCUAACCCGACUAUUGAAAACUUCAAAUCUCUAGUUGUCAUUCAAUUUGUUAAUUCCAAUUUAAAUACUCUUCCCGGAUAAAAAAAAAAAACUUUUCUCCUAUGGCUGCUGUGCAAAGGCCAGCGAGUUCUUCUGAUUCCGACGAGAGGAAAAGGAAGAGAAUGCUGUCGAACCGUGAAUCCGCGAGGCGGUCGCGUAUUAGGAAGCAGAAGCAGCUCGAGGAUUUGGUUAAUGAAGUGAGCGCAUUGCAGAAAGAUAACAGCCAGCUCUCCGAAAAGAUCAACGUCGCAACUCAGCGCUACGCCGAGAUGGAAUGUGCCAACAACGUGUUGAGAGCUCAGGCAAUGGAAUUGACCGAGCGAUUGCGGUCCCUGAACUCGGUGUUGCACAUUGUUGAAGAAGUCAGUGGGUAUGCCGUUGAUAUACCGGAGAUUCCAGAUCCUCUGAUGAAACCGUGGCAGAUCCCUUGUCCAGUACAACCAAUUAUGGCUUUGGCCGAUAUGUUUGAGUGUUGAUGGAAUAAUUAAAGCUGUCUUCCUUGUUGGAGCUAAUGUGAGUCCGUCCUUCUGUUGGAGUCAGUUUGUGCUGUUAAUUAGAUUUAUGUAAGGGUGUCGUAAUGUUAUGUGGAGUCUGCUGAAUUGGGAUUUUUGGUUUUGUAGAAACCCUUUGGUGUGUUUCCGUUUUCUGUACUCGUGGAUUUCUACUAUGGAAUGUUAGUUUUGGAUUUCAAUGCUUGCA